CCCGCGGUGCAUUGAAACCGGUUUAUGUAAAUGAGGGGUGUUUUAAUGCGUGACUCUGAGCGGAGUUUCAUUCACUCUGAGAGAAAGAGAGAGAGAGAGAGAGAGAGAGAGAGAAGCCGCGAUUUGUGGUUCAUUUCGCUCGCGCUGGAUUAAAGCUCGGAGGUGAAACAGGAGAAACAGAGGAGAAGAAAGGGAGGAGAGGAGGAGAAGAGUAGGAGAGCAGGAGGAAAAGCAUGGACGCCUCUCAACAAAAGCGGAGAAGUUUGGUGUGGAUGUGAAGUUCAGGAACAGGAAACUCCAGCAGGAAAUUUCCGACAUGAGGUGGGAUCUGUUGUUUUGUGUUCUCGCGUGCCUGGAACUCCCCACGCGCCUCGUGCGCGGUUUGUCGGUGAGCCUCCGCGCGGACGCGACACCGGGCAUCACCGUCGCACGCGCUGUGUACCGAGGCUCCGCGUGCGCUCUGGAUCAGGUCGUCGCUCCGGGCUUCACGAGGAGUUUCCUCCGAGCCGACCCCUCCGAGGGCACGGUGUCCGUCUCCGGGACUCUGCCCCGCCGCUGUGCUCUACCGGCAAACCCGUUUCCGGUCUACACGGUGACCGAGUGCGCGAGCGACGCCCCCGGGCUCAGGCACCUUUUAAUCACGCAGUACCACGUGCGCGUCUGGGGAAAGGACUGCCGGAGCGCACCAGCACGCAGGGAAAGAUGGGACAUGGAAGUCAUAACUUUGUUGAACCUGCAUGACCAGGACAGUAAAUGUCACGAGCCCGGACGCAUGCUCUUUCACAUUGAGGAAGUGUUCCCUUUACACCCCGGUUCCGUGUGUAACCUAAGCAGGAGUGAUCUUUAUGUUUCAGGGGGUGAACUGUUCGCCUCCCGGCCGCUCUGCUGGAAACGCAACUCACUUUUGGAGUUUGAUUUGCGUUGCCAGGGAAGAGCACCGGACAGAACAAUUUCCGCGCAUUGGCACGUAGGUCAGGGUUCUUUUGGGAAAAAUUACCUGGAACAGUUACUCUUCAAAGUGGCUGCGCAGAGCGAUUCCGGUCUUCUAAGCAGGAAAAAGAGAAAUGCAAAGGCAAACACUAACCCACAGUUUCAGCCUCCCAUGUACCAAGUCUCAGUGUCGGAAAACAAACCCGCGGGAACAUCGGUGGUCACCCUGACAGCGACAGAUCCGGAUGAAGGAGAACCCGGACGCUUGGAAUAUUCUAUUGAAGCUCUUUUCGACAGUCGUUCAAACAACCUCUUUGCAGUAGACCCUGCGAGCGGAUUAGUGUCCACCGUGGCGGAGCUCGACCGCGAGACCAAGGACACCCACGUCUUCAGAGUGACUGCCGUGGACCACGGUUCACCGCGACGCACCGCCAUGGCGACUCUGACCGUAAGUGUGAGUGACACAAAUGACCACGACCCCAUGUUUGAGCAGCAGGACUACAAAGAGAGUGUGCGGGAAAACCUGGAGAUCGGUUACGAAGUGCUGACGGUGCGAGCCACGGAUGGAGACGCGCCCGUGAAUGGAAACAUUCUGUACAACAUCCUGAACAGCAAUGGAUCCAACGAUGUUUUCGAGAUCGACUCACGUUCUGGAGUGAUUCGAACACGUGGCAAUGUGGAUCGGGAAACGGUCGAGUCUUACAUGCUACUCGUUGAAGCUAACGAUCAAGGUCGUGACCCCAGACCUCGCAGUGCGACGGCAACUGUGUACAUAGUGGUGGAGGACGACAACGAUAAUGCACCGCAGUUUAGUGAGAAACGCUACAUUGUGCGGGUACCUGAAGAUCUUACACCCAAUACAGAGAUCCUGCAAGUGAACGCCACUGAUCAGGACCGUGGCAGCAAUGCUGUAGUUCACUUUAGCAUCAUGAGCGGAAACACUCGUGGACAGUUUUAUAUUGAUGCACAAACAGGGAAGUUGGACCUCGUCAGCCAGCUGGACUAUGAGACAAAUAAAGAAUACUCCCUGCGAAUCAGGGCUCAGGAUGGUGGACGUCCACCUUUGUCCAACAUCUCUGGCCUGGUGACUGUGCAGGUCAUGGAUGUGAAUGACAACGCUCCGAUUUUUGUCAGCACACCAUUUCAGGCUACGGUUCUUGAAAAUGUCCCCCUGGGAUACUCAGUUAUACACAUCCAGGCCGUGGAUGCAGACUCUGGAGACAAUUCCAGGCUGGACUACCGGCUCACAGAAAUGACCAAUAACUUCCCAUUUGCAAUAAAUAACAGCACAGGGUGGAUAGUUGUAGCUGCAGAACUAGACAGAGAGAGUGUGGACUUUUACAGCUUUGGAGUGGAGGCUCGGGAUCACGGCACACCCGCAAUGUCCUCUUCUGCUAGCAUUAGCAUGACUGUCUUAGAUGUUAAUGACAACAAUCCAGAGUUCACCCAGAAAGCCUACUACAUGCGUCUAAACGAGGAUGCUGUAGUCGGAACGAGUGUGGUAACCGUUUCCGCCGUGGAUCGGGACAUCAACAGCGUGGUGACUUAUCAGAUUUCAAGUGGAAACACGAGAAACCGAUUUUCCAUCACCAGCCAGAGCGGUGGAGGACUCAUCACCCUCGCACUUCCAUUAGAUUAUAAACUGGAAAGGCAGUACGUUCUGAGCGUCACCGCUUCCGACGGCACGAGAUUUGACUUGACUAAGGUGUACAUCAAUGUCACGGACGCUAAUACACAUCGUCCCGUUUUUCAAAGUUCACAUUACACCGUCAACAUCAACGAGGACCGUCCUGUAAGUACCACCGUCGUGGUGAUCAGUGCCACGGACGAGGACACCGGAGAGAAUGCACGCAUCACGUAUUACAUGGAUGACAGCAUUCCACAGUUUACCAUCGACCCGGAUUCAGGUGCAGUGACAACUCAGAUGGAGCUGGACUAUGAAGAUCAGGUGUCGUACACACUGGCCAUCACGGCUCGGGACAAUGGAAUACCGCAGAAAUCCGACACCACCUACCUGGAGAUCCUGGUGAAUGACGUGAACGAUAAUGCCCCCAGAUUCCUGAGAGAUCGUUACCAGGGCUCUGUCAUGGAGGAUGUUCCUGUGUAUACAAGUGUAGUCCAGGUUUCAGCUACUGAUCAGGACUCUGGGUUAAAUGGGCGAGUUUUUUAUACCUUCCAGGGGGGUGAUGAUGGCGAUGGUGACUUUAUCAUCGAGUCUACGUCAGGAAUCGUUCGCACGCUGAGGCGACUGGAUCGCGAAAACACCGCCCUCUAUAACUUGCAGGCUUUUGCUGUGGAUAAAGGACUUCCUGCCCUGAAAACCUCAGUGGACAUUCAAGUAACAAUCUUGGAUGUGAACGACAACCCGCCUGUGUUUGAGAGGGACGAGUUUGACAUGUUCAUUGAGGAGAACAGCCCUAUCGGUCUGGUCGUGGCCCACAUUUCAGCCACCGAUCCUGAUGAAGGAAGCAAUGCCCAGAUCAUGUACCAGAUCGUCGAGGGGAACAUUCCGGAAAUGUUCCAGCUGGACAUUUUCACCGGCGAGCUAAUGGCUCUGAUGGAUCUGGACUACGAGACUCGAUCUGAGUACGUUAUCGUGGUCCAGGCCACUUCCGCUCCUCUGGUCAGCCGAGCCACCGUGCACAUCAGACUCAUCGACAGGAACGACAAUGCACCCAUCUUGAAGAACUUCCAGAUCAUUUUCAACAACUAUGUGACGGAUAAAUCUAGCAGCUUCCCGACGGGGGUGAUUGGAAAAAUACCAGCUUAUGAUCCGGAUGUAUCGGAUCAGCUGAGCUACAGGUUUGAAGCAGGAAAUGAGCUGCACCUGCUGAUCCUGAACCAGAGCACCGGAGAAAUCCGACUCAGCCAAGAUCUGGACAACAAUCGACCUCUGGAAGCCUCAAUGAGGAUCACUGUCUCAGAUGGAGUUCACUCGGUCUCGGCUCAGUGUUUGCUACAGGUUACUAUUAUCACUGAUGAAAUGCUCUCUAACAGCAUCACACUCCGAUUGGCUAACACCUCCCAAGAACGCUUCCUCUCCAUCCUACUGGCCGAGUUCUUGGAGGGCGUGUCUCGUGUACUCUCAGCCCACCGUGAUGACAUCAUCAUCUUCAACGUCCAGGACGACACGGAUGUUAACGCCGCGAUUUUAAAUGUGAGCCUGUCCGUAUUCCGGCUGGGUGACGGGCUCAGGGGCGGGGCCUCACGUCUGGGGCCCGUGGGGGCGGAGUUUAUCGGCUCAGAGGAGCUCCAGGAGCGUCUUUACCUGAACCGGAGCCUGCUAGCGCAGAUCUCGUCUCAGCAGGUCCUGCCGUUCGAUGACAACAUCUGCCUCCGUGAGCCAUGUGAGAACUACAUGAAGUGUGUCUCGGUGCUGAAGUUCGACAGCCUCGCACCCUUCGUCACCUCCAACACCAUCCUGUUCCGCCCCAUCCAGCCAAUCACAGGCCUCCGCUGCCGCUGCCCGCCCGGGUUCACCGGCGAGUUCUGCGAAACAGAGAUCAACCUGUGCUAUUCCAACCCCUGCGGGAACCACGGAUUGUGUCGCUCACAUGAAGGAGGCUUCACCUGCGACUGUCUCCAUGACUACACAGGUGAGCGGUGUGAGGUAUCUUCUCGCUCAGGUCGCUGUGUGCCGGGUGUGUGUAAGAACGGUGGUGUGUGUGUAAACCUGUUGGUGGGGGGGUUCAGGUGUGAGUGUCCACCAGGAGCCUAUGAGAAACCGUACUGUCACAUGAGUACACGCAGCUUCCCUCCAAACUCCUUCAUCACCUUCAAGGGGCUGCGCCAGAGAUUCCACUUCACACUCACACUCAGUUUUGCCACCAGAGCAUCAGACGGGUUACUGCUGUAUAAUGGCCGCUUUAAUGAGAAGCACGACUUUAUGGCUGUGGAGAUUGUUAACAAGCAGGUCCAGCUCACCUUUUCAGCAGGUGAAACCAAGACAACAGUAUCAGCCUUCAUCGUUGGGGGGGUGAGUGACGGAGAGUGGCACUCUGUUCAUGUGCACUACUACAACAAGCCUGUUCUGAAUCAGGCUGGUCUCCCACAAGGUCCAUCAGAUCAGAAGGUUGUCGUGGUGACGGUGGAUGACUGCGACACGUCAGUAGCACUUCGCUUUGGUCGCACCAUUGGCAGCUACUUGUGUGCCGCUCAGGGAAGCCAGUCAGGGUCCAAGAAGUCUCUGGACCUCACAGGGCCGUUGUUACUGGGCGGAGUCCCGCACCUGCCCGAGGAUUUCCCCGUGCGGAGCCGGCAGUUUGUGGGCUGCAUGAAGGACCUGCAUAUCGACAGCAGAUACAUCGACAUGAACAGUUACAUCGCUAACAACGGCACAGUACCAGGAUGCUCAGUAAAGAGGCAGAUGUGUGUGAGCAGCCCGUGUGUGAACGGCGGUGUGUGUGUAAGUUUGUGGGGUUCUCUCAGGUGCGACUGCCCGCUGGGGUUCGGUGGGCGGAGCUGUGAAAAAGCGAUGCCGCACCCUCAGCGUUUCCAUGGUAACAGCCUGUUACUGUGGCAUGACCUGGACAUUGUGGUGACGGUUCCCUGGCGACUGGAGCUCAUGUUCCGCACACAACUACCGACCUCAACCAUUUUACACAUCACCACCGAGCAGCAGCACAACCUCACUGUGCAGGUGAGAGACAGCGGUGUGUUGAUGUCUCUGUCCCGUGGUGAGGACUCUGCCGUGUCUCGUCUCGAGGGGGCAUCGGCUGCUGAUGGGGCGUGGCAUCAUCUGCAGCUCGAAGUGCGCACUCUAUCAAGGGAAAUUGUGACAGGACCCACAGUGACACUCACACUUGACUACGGCCUCUACACGUCCUCUAUGGAGGUGGACAGUGAGAUUCAGGGAGUGAUGGUGAAGGAACUAAGUGUCGGUGGCAUCGCUGCUGGAAAUGACCAAGUGCAUCAUGGAUUCCAAGGGUGUGUACAGGGGGUGCGUGUGAGCGAUGCUGUGCUGAGUGUGUUUCAGGCUCACAGAUUAAAUGUGGAAGAUGGCUGCCACGUGUCUGACCCCUGUGAAUUCAGCCCCUGCUCCGCCCACAGUUCCUGCACUAAUCACUGGGACUCCUACACCUGCACCUGCCUGCCAGGUUACUACGGUGACAACUGUACAGAUGUGUGCACACUCAACCCCUGCGAGCACCAAUCAGCUUGCAGCAAGAAGUCAGGCUCCGCCCAUGGCUACACGUGCGAGUGUCGCAGUAGUUACUUCGGACGCUACUGUGAGAAAAAGACUGACCUGCCAUGUCCUCGGGGUUGGUGGGGACAUAAGACGUGUGGUCCUUGUAACUGUCCAGUUGAUAAAGGCUUUGAUUCUGACUGCAACAAGACCAGCGGAGAGUGUCGCUGCAAGGAUAACCACUACAGGCCUGUGGGCAGUGAGGUGUGUUUGCUGUGUGAGUGUUACCCGGUCGGCUCGUUGUCACGUGUGUGUGACAGACAGAGUGGACAGUGUCAGUGUAAAGCCGGAGUCAUCGGACGCCAGUGUGACCACUGUGACAACCCGUUCGCCGAGGUCUCAGCCAAUGGCUGUGAAGUGAUCUAUGACAGUUGUCCCCAGGCGAUAGAGGGAGGGAUUUGGUGGCCCAGGACGAAGUUUGGUCUCCCAGCAGCGGUGCCGUGUCCUAAAGGCUCCACAGGAACGGCAAUCAGACACUGUGAUGAACAUAAAGGCUGGCUGCCUCCCAACCUUUUUAACUGUACCUCCAUCACCUUCACUAAGCUGAAGCCACUAUGGGAUCAGAUGAGCAGGAAUGUGUCAGUGUUGGACUCUGUUCGAGUCCAGCAGGUGGCGUCUUUGCUCUACAAUGCCACGACACACACACACUCCUACUAUGGCAGUGAUGUUCAGAUCGCCUACCGCCUUACACACACACUGCUGCAGCAUGAGAGCAACACACGCGGAUUCAACCUGGCGGCUACACAGGACGUCCGCUUCAAUGAGCACCUGUUGCGAGUGUGUAGUGCGAUCCUGGCCUCAGACACUCGUCCACACUGGGAGCAGAUCCAGCAGACGCAGGGAGGAACAGCCGCGCUGCUGCAGCAGUUUGAGGCGUACACACACACACUUGCGCAGAACAUGAGGAGAACCUACCUUAACCCCUUCACCAUUAUCACACCUAACAUAGUUCUUUCUAUUGAUCAUUUGGACAAGGUCAAUUUUGGCGGUUCUAAACUCCCCCGCUAUCAAUUCGUGCGUGGACUCCGCCCACUCGACCGUGACACCAGUGUCACACUCCCCGAUUGCAUUUUUAACCCCACUUUUGAGGGCAAAGGUCACCGACAUCAUGGCGAGCCAAUCAUGGACCUCAGAGGAAAUCAUUCGGCCAAUCGCAAGAGGCGUCACCCAGAUGAGCAUGAGCAGCAUGCCAUUGCCAGCAUCAUCAUCUUCCACACACUCGCUACACUACUGCCUGAGAGAUACGACACUGACAAGAGGAGUCUGAGGGUUCCUAAGAGGCCGGUCAUUAACACUCCAGUGGUGAGUGUGAUGGUGUUUGAUAAUGAGCAGCUCAUUCAGCACACGCUGGAGAAACCCGUCACACUGCAGUUCCGCCUGCUCACCAGUGAAGAGCGCUCCAAACCCAUCUGUGUGUUCUGGAAUCACUCCACUGGAGUGGGUGGUUGGUCCUCUAAAGGGUGUGAGGUGGUUUUUAGAAACAGCACACACAUCAGCUGCCAGUGCUAUCACAUGACCAGCUUCGCUGUACUGAUGGACAUCUCACACAGAGAGAAUGGUGAGAUCUUACCUUUAAGGUUGGUGACAUUGUGUACAGUAUCAGUGACACUGGGCUUCAUCUUCCUCACCAUCGUCUUAAUCACCUGUCUGAGAGACGUCACCUCCAACCUGAGCACCAUCGUCACCAACGGAGCUUCAGCCCUCUUCAUCGCCCAGCUGCUCUUCAUCCUCGGCAUCAACCAGACCGACAACCCGUUUGUAUGUACGAUCAUGGCCAUCCUGCUGCAGUUCUUCUACAUGUGUGUGUUCUCAUGGCUUUUCCUCGAGAGUCUGCAUGUGUACCGCAUGUUGAAUGAAGUGAGAGACAUCAACUAUGGACCCAUGCGCUUCUACUACCUUAUCGGCUGGGGCAUACCGGCCAUCAUCACCGGCCUGGCCGUGGGUUUGGACCCUGAGGGUUACGGAAACCCGGAUUUCUGCUGGCUCUCUCUGUACGACACGCUGGUCUGGAGUCUUGCUGGACCAAUCGCUCUUGUGGUUGCUAUGAAUCUGUUCCUGUGUGUCCUGGCCUCCAGAGCAUCAUGCUCCUCCUUCAAAACACACAGCUGUGAGAAGAAAGAACCUCCAGUGUACGGACUGCGGACUGCGUGCAGUGUGUUGUUUUUAGUGACGUUGACAUGUUUUGUCGCAUUGCUCUCUGUAAACACUGACCUGAUUCUGUUUCACUACCUGUUUGCUGCUUUCAACUGUCUACAGGGUCCAUUCAUCUUCUUUGUCAGGAUUGUGUUCAGUAAGGAGGUUCGCAGAGCUUUACAGUACUGCUGUGGCAAAAAACGCCCAGAACACACCAUCAAAACCAAACCAUCAGUGUACAGCAGUAGUUGUGUAGACGGGCGUGUGUAUCAUCUGUCCUAUUCCGAAUCCAGUGUCUCUCUAAACGGGACACUGCAAAGCAUCAAGAGCCAACACAGUUACAUCCCCUUCACACUGAGGGAGGAGGGAGGUUUCAAUAACAGUGAUGAUGCUCUGAACAACCAGGAAAACAAAGAUGACCCUGACUCAGACUCGGACAGUGACGUGUCAGAAAUGGAGGAUGAUCAGAGCGGCUCAUACGCCUCCACACACUCAUCAGACAGCGAGGAGGAGUACGAGCAAUACACACCUAAGGAGUGGUGGGAAAACCACACACACACAGGCCAGAGGGAACAGGACUGUAAUUCAACAAAACCAACAACAGAGAUUUUGACCACUCCAGAGGAGAAAGAGGAGCAUUAUGGGAAAGAGAGCACACUGCCUUUACUACUACACACCACACACACACACCCACACAAGGGUAUUCUAAAGAAGAAACCCCUCUCCCCGAUCGCUGAGAGAAAUGGGAUCCACCGCAUCCAUAAUCAGCUGUCAAUCAGCCCCUUAGGCUCCACCUCCUCCAGAGGUCCUGGUAAUUCAAUAGGCUCCUCCCCCAGCCAGGGCCAAAGGGGCGGAGCCACACUGGAUCAGCCCAAUGGAGAAGCUACGAGUGCCAGGACAGGAACGCGAGACAGCGACUCGUCCGGAUCCGAGUGAGUGACCACUCUCACCAAACCUCCAUGUGACCAUGCUGAUGAAGAUAGGGGUGUGUUCACGAUCCCUGAAGCCACGCCCAUUUACCUCAGGAAAACCCAAAGGUGUUGAGCAACCCCAUGAUUCCUGAAAUCUGUCUGUAUAGCGGACUUCUCCUCAGCCCAGACGCUGCUCCUCUCAGCCCAGACGCCGCUCCGCUCCUCUCAGCCCAGACACCGCUCCUCUCAGCCCAGACGCCGCUCCGCUCCUCUCAGCCCAGACGCCGCUCCGCUCCUCUCAGCCCAGACGCCGCUCCGCUCCUCUCAGCCCAGACGCCGCUCCGCUCCUCUCAGCCCAGACGCCGCUCCGCUCCUCUCAGCCCAGACGCCGCUCUGCUCCUCUCAGCCCAGACGCCGCUCUGCUCCUCUCAGCCCAGACACCACUCCUCUCAGCCCAGACGCCGCUCUGCUCCUCUCAGCCCAGACGCCGCUCUGCUCCUCUCAGCCCAGACGCCGCUCUGCUCCUCUCAGCCCAGACACCACUCCUCUCAGCCCAGACGCCGCUCUGCUCCUCUCAGCCCAGACGCCGCUCUGCUCCUCUCAGCCCAGACGCCGCUCCGCUCCUCUCAGCCCAGACGCCGCUCCGCCCGGAUGCCGCUCCUCUCAGCCCAGACCCCACUCUGUCCGCUCCGCCCAGACGCCGCUCUGCUCCUUGAUGCCAUGCCUUUCUCUACUUUUAUCUCUCUCUGCAUUUGUUUACUUGAAGCCAUGCACUUUUUCUAAACAAUCUCCACCAAUUGAAAAAUAAAACGGAUGAGUCCUGAGACUUUAAACCUGAGGACGAGUGAAGACUGUGGAGUUUUGGGGGACAUCAGGGACUCACCUGUUCAUGCAGAAAUUGAAGAUCAGACUGAGUCAUUGAUUGAUCAAUUAAGAUUAGAUAGUGUUUAUUACACUCCUCUCUUCACUUUGUUACCACUGUGCAUGCUCACCUGAACCUCCAGCAGCUCCCAGUACCCCUACUGUGAACCAUCAUCAGCUGUGUGUGUGUGUGUGUGUGUGUGUGUGUGUGUGUGUGUGUGUGUGUGUGUUACACUGCAACAUGAACCACAUGCUCAUUGUCAAUAAUGUACAUUAUUUUACAUGCUGCUCCUGCUGUGAGGACUCACACACACACACACACACACACACACACACACACACCUUCAUUUUAUACCACUGAUGUGUUAAAUAUCAGACAGUGACUCGGACUCAGUGGCUUGGAGUGAUUUCACUCAGACUCACUCAGACUCCUGUAUCUCGGAGUUUAUAAAUGAAGGAAAGAUCAUUUUGCUUUUGAAAUAUUUGCUUUUGUGCGUGUUGAACUCAGCUGUGUGUGUGUGUGUGUGUGUGUGUGUGUGUGACAAUAUGCUCUGAUUAUGUACAGGUUUGAUGUGAGUGUAAAUAUAGUGUAAUGCUACUAAACCCA